GUCACCAGACAGGGGGUGGGUAAACAGACAGGUAGUAUAUAGCCCCUACCUCUCCAGCCAGGGCUGGCACAGGCGCCAAAGACAGAGACGCUGACUGGGCUGCCUUCGCCACUGUUACCAACAUGAAGCUGCUCACAGCAACUGUGCUGCUCCUCACCAUCUGCAGCCUUGAAGGAGCUUUGGUUCGAAGACAGGCAGAAGAGUCGAGUGUGGAAAGCCUGGUGUCUCAGUACCUCCAGACCGUGUCUGACUAUGGCAAGGACCUGAUGGAGAAAGUCAAGAGCUCAGAGUUUCAGGCCCAGGCCAAGGCUUAUUUUGAAAAGUCAAAGGAGCAGCUGACACCCCUGGUCAGGAAAGCUGGAACGGAUCUGGUUAACUUCUUGAACUAUUUCGUGGAACUCAGAGCACCGCCUGCCGCCAAGUGAAGCGUCCAGACCAUUGUCUUCUAACCCCACCUGGCCUCUAGCGCACUCACUGGCCAGGCCUAGAGCUCGUCUCCCUACCCACACUUUGCUACAAUAAAUGCUGAAGAAAUCUA